AUGAAAUAUCCUGUUGGAGAUACUCUCAGCGGCGUGGUAUCUGCUGAUUUUAAUCAUGACAACUACAUGGAUGUGGCAGUAAUUAACUACGAUGAGGUGACUGUUAGCGUGUUAAUUAACCUUGGAAAUAGUACGUUUAAAUCGCAAAUUAAAUAUGUAACGGGCGUAGGACCAAGGUCCCUGAUAUCAUAUAACGUUGACAGUGAUCCUAACUUGGAUCUGGUAAUAAUCUGUCAGAAUGAUACGAACAAUAUCAUUCUGUUCGGCAAUGGAGAUGGAAUCUUUCAAGAUCGAGUGCCAUGUGCGACUAAAAAAAAUGCAACUUUUAUGACAGCAGCUGAUUUCAACAAUGACAACUUAUUGGAUUUGGCAGUGUAUAACUCCGACAACAGUAUCAGUAUAUUGCUCGGUGAAGCAACUGGAGUUUUUCAGAACCAAAUGGAUUUUCCUGUUCAAAUGAAAGCAGGCUUUUUAGGAUGGGCCGGCUUCAACAAUGACACGAAACUAGAUUUAGUUCUAGCUAAUCUGGAAAAUAACAGCGUCAGCAUACUUCUUGGUAAUGGAGAUGGAAGUUUCAAGAAUCAAACGUCGUUUCUCAUCGGCAAUAGACCAGUUGCUUUAGCUUCAGGAUAUUUCAAUGAUGAUAAAAUACUGGAUUUAGCAGUGGUCAACUUGUACGGGGAAAACGUUAGCGUGUUGUUUGGCAAAGGAGACAGAACCUUUCAAGCUCAAAUUAUGUAUAAGACUGGAGCCAACCCAGUUUCUGUGGUAACAGUUGAUUUAAAUAAUGAUACCAUAACAGACCUUAGUUAA